AUGGAUUAUGAAUUCCUUCCUCCUCAAAAGCCUCCUUUUCAAGCUUCCGAAUCGUCGAUAAAGGUGAUGGACGAGGUGGAGGACAUGAAAUUCGCCGAACAUGAAAACGGCUCAUUCUCGGGCUGUUUCUACGCCGCUGACACGGCUCCAUUGGUCAAUCUGUCGGAUAUUUGCAGUGGAAUUUCGGUUGAGCCGCCGGAAACCGAAGUUUCCUUGAUAACUGUCAAAAUGUACUGAAGAAGCUUUUAGAAGUGUGAAAAAUGCGGGAAAGCGCGGAGAAACGGCUCGAUUUGCGGAUGUGACAAAGUUGGCUUGGCCAUGGAAGCCCCGCCGUUCAUUUUGACUCGUGGUGAGUCUGAUUGGGUUUUGAAAAUAUUGAUUCCGGUUUGGAAAUGUUGAAAUUGUUUCCUCACAGACAAAGUUCUGUGGCGGGGACCAAGAAAAAUACAGUUUUGAAGCGAAAAAUGGUCUUUCGGGGCAUUUUUUUGAGUUUCUGGAAGCAAUUUUGGCACCUUCUUGUAGAAGACUUUCUAUUACGCCAUUCGUUUGUCAUUGGAGCUCAUUUCCUCAAAAAAACCGCCAAAAUUCAGCCUCCACUACUGAAGAAACGGCCUCUUCAUGUAGCCGGGAUUUUAUAGUUUUGAAGCGAAAAAGGGUCUUUUUUAAACUUUUGGGAACGAUUUUGGCAUAUUUCAUUUAGCCGCAUUUCUAUUACCUCAAUCCCAUUUUUUCCUGUCAUUGGAGCUUAUUUCCUCAAAAAAACAAUCGCCAAAAUUCAGCCUCCACUACUGAAGAAACGGCAUCUUCAUGUAGCCAACAAACAAUAAUUCCUCUUCACUUCCCAACUCCGUCAAGCCCCAAGAAAACCUCCACGACCACGCCCACAAAUUUAGAGCCCAGAAGACGUGGUUUUAACAUGAGCAAUUAACGAGAAAUAUGAGAAGUUUCCAGCACCGGUCAGACAGAAAAGCGAAACGGGCAGUACGGACGACGAGCUCGACGAGUUCCAGUUCACCGAUCCUAGGGUUUUCCUGAAAUAAAAGGAACAAUUUUGAAAAAGGAGUUAAGGUGGCGUCAUAUUUGGACGUCGCCGUGAUUCGGGCCCUUCUCAUCACUCAUUGGCACGAACAGGGCGUUUAUUGGGCUUUGAAGUAUUUGCUGAAUCGAUUGGAAGAUAUUCAGGUACCUUUUUAUUUGGAAGGAAGGCAGUUGAUCCUAUGAUUUUCCUAGAAAAGACACCUAAAAGUAUAAGAAAAUCAUUAAAAUACAUUGAAACGUUUUAGUUAAAAACAUACAUGGGAUAGUCUUGGUGGGACCUGAAAAAAGGGGGUGGAAUUGGCAAUAAAAUGAGGGGGGAGUUUUUCAGGGUGCUGGACGACGCUAGAUCGAUCUAAUGAAAAAAAAACAUCCUAUGUAUGGUUAAAAAAAAUUCUUUUUCAUUUUUUAUCACUCUUUCUGAAUUUUCGGUUCCUUCUUCAGUUUUUCGCAAGCUUGUUCUUAAAUCUGCCAUUUUUAUCAUUUUUCAUCCCAAGCUUGAACUUUUUAUGGUCCUAUUUGUCUUACAAGGAAGGUUAUUAAAUUGAAAAAAAUCAUUGAAAACAGGUUAAACGAGUUAUUUCGAGGCUCCAAGACUUAUUUUCUUCCCAGGAUCACCCAGAAUGCAAGAAAACACACAAUCACCUCCCUUAUCAGGCCCUGAGAGAGAACUGGACGUUUUUUCAGGUUUUCGUGGCCCUUCGACUCGGCCCAAGGCAACGGAGCAACUCAUUGCCCAGCGGAGAACGACGGCCGUCCGUCGCGGUUCGUUCCCCCAACGAGAUUGAGAUAAACUGAACGAAGCUUAGAUCCAACUGGAGCAGUACCCGAAUCCAACGUGGGACGACCUGAAAGUGAGCCCCGAGUCGAAAACGUCGGAGAACGAGGACCCGAACCGAUCACAUCUCCACGUCGCCUUCAACGACACCCGAAGGAAGUCUUCGGCGGCGGACGUCCUGUCGACGAGGGUCGUCGCCGCGGCGACGCCUUCUCGACGCGCCAGUCUCAAUAUCAUGAGCCGAAGGGAGAGGAAUCGGUAAGAGUUGUUUAGAUGGGGGGCUGAUUGGAAUCUUCUUUUGUGUUUAAUUUUUGAAGAGAAAAAGUCGUAGAUAAGGCUUUUUUUUCGUGAACUUAUUCUCACGUUAAAAAUGAGAACUCUUCUGCUGUCGGCUCCUCAGAAGGCGUUUAGAAGCUUUUCCUUCCCAGCAAGUGGUCAAACACCUUAUAAAUAGCUUCCCAUCACUUUCUACUCAGCUUCCGGAAGCCAGCUGAAAGAGUUCUGUCAGGAAUUUUCACUUUUUAACCUUCUGAAGAUAUUCUGGCUUCCAUUCACCUUCCAACCUCCUGCUGAAUACCAACGUUAACAUAUUUGUUUUAUGAAUUUGAUGAAAACUUUUCUGGUUCAGUUUCCGUAGCCCAUCAAAAAUAUAACUUUGACUUGGUAAUCUUAAAAAGUCAACGGGAUUUGAUCAUUUUUCAGAACACUAGUCGGACCGGUCCAAAAGGUUUUUUUGAAAAAUGAAAAAUACUUUAUUCUUGUCUUUUUUAAAGUAGUUUCUUGUUCAGAGUUUUUUUUAAAUUGGAUCCAAAAAAUGUAACUUUCAUCGAAAAAUGCGUGAUACGAAGAAAGUUAUAUCACUCAAAAGAGCUCCAAAGUUCACAAAUUACACAUCUUGCACAUUUAUUCAGUCUUGUCAGAGAAGAUUCUCCGCUGAAUCAGGGUAAAUUGAAGAGUUGUUUGUCGGUUGGCGAAACUGUCGUUGAUCAAGAAUGACUCGUAGAUAAUCAAGUUCAUUUUGUGAUGAGGCGUUCCCCAGGUCAGCUGUUCCUUCAUGUUGGAGGUUGAUGAAGUUCGAAAAAUGCUUCAGUGAGCCUCGAUUGGCAAAUCUUGCUGAAAAAAGUUUCAGUGAGUCCAGUUGGAAAAAAGAUGUGUCGAUGAGUUUCUAAGAUCCUUUUUAAAAUGGUCUGCUGAAAUGUCUGUACUUCCUAAUAUACUGCUUGGUCAUCCAAGUCAAUGAAAUCCCCCUUUUCGAGCCUGAAAAAAAUUUUCCCCGAUUCCAGAAGCAAUCCGUCGCUGAACAACUCGGUGGAGGUGCUGUCGAUCCGAGAAGACACCGACGAUCUCGUUUCCAACGUCUCCUCGAAGUCCGUCGAACGGGAGAACACCAAAAUCAACGCCGUCUACUAUCCGGAAGCUCUCGGGAGCACGAAUUUCAUCGAAAAGAACGGUCACAUGAGCGCCACGGUCAUCGUUCAGACUGUCAAUCAGGUGAGGGGCGCGAUUUUGAGGGGAAACGGCUGGGUUGUAGGUGAUGGACCGCUGUACGGGAAUCAGGCAGUGCGAACUGGCUCUGAAUAUUUCCGAUACGUUGCUCCGGACGCCGUUGGAACAGACGGAGACUUUCUUCUUGCAACUAACUGUCAUGGUUUUCAAGUGGGUUAAAAAGAAACAGGAUGGUUUAAAGCUGAAGGAUAGUUUAAAGGAUCAUAGGGGGAGUUUUUAGAAAGGUCUCGGGGCGGAAUUCUGGCUAUAGUGACUUUUAAGGCUCUUGAAGCUAUAUGAAUGAGUUUUGGAAGGAAAAGGGAAAUUUAAAGGGUCAAAUCGUUUUGUUUACAAGUAGUUUUUUUGGAAAAAGAUGUAGAAAAAAAUCACUAAUUUUUGUUUUUCGAUUAUAUUCAUAAAGGCUAAAAAAAUGAAUUUUUUUCACAGUUCCAUGGUUCAAAUUUUUCAACGUUAGGGCCUCAUUUGAGUCAUUUUUUUGGAUAAGUGAAAGUUUUUUUGGCUUGAUUUCAUAAUUAAAAAAAUAAUUUUUUUAUAGUUCCAUGGUUCAAAUUUUUCCACGUUAUUGUCUCGUUUGAGCCAUUUUUUGGAGGGGUAUCAUUUUUUUGGGCUUGAUUUUUAUAUUUUUAAAAAAAUAAAUUUUUUUAAAUAGUUCAUGGUCAAAUUUUUCAACGUUCAUGCGCCAUUUUUCAAAUGAGUAUAUAUUUUUUGGCUUGAUUUUAUAAACAAAAGCUUCGAAUAAAACUUCUAAUGAGACAGGGGAGCUUCAUGGAGGAUGAAAGUACUUUUUUAAGCCUUUUCAAAAUUUUUGACGAGUUUUGGACUUAUUGAGAGCUUCUGGGAGGAUAAAAUUACAUUUUUUUCUCACUUUUAGAUGAGUAUAAAUUUAUUAAGAUUUUUUUUCAGAAUCAAAAACUUCAAAUAUAAAAUCUGAUGAGAGAGUAGAGCUUCUGGAAGAAUGGAAAAGAAUUUUUACUGGUUUCAAUGAUUUCAAUCUCGUUUUCCAGAAUUUACUUGUGUUUGGGCUGUCCCCACGGGUGUAACGAGGGCGUCAAAAGCCAACACGGCGAUUUCCUGAGAGCCAAGGCUAAAUCGAUCCUGGCGCAUUUGGAAAAAGUCCAACAGGUUCUUGAAAGGAGGAUGUCAUUGAUAAUUUUGAUUAUAUUCAGGAUAAAUUCAAGCAGAUUCUGAACGAAUACGUGGAAAACUACGGGCCCCAACGAGUACUCGACUUGCUCCAUUCCAUCACCGCUUUCUGUAGAACCGAGUUCAACCGUCCGUUUUUUAUUGUUUUAUAGGGGAGAUGGGUUUUUUGGCGUUGUUAGUGGGGAAAGAAGCGUUGUAUAUUUUUGAAUUAAAUCAAUAUCCUCUGAAAGAAUGUAUUUUUCGACUUCGAAACGUUGAUUUGUGUACCCUUUUUUCAUAAUUAUAGCUCGGGAAAGUUACAAAUUUUUUUGAAAAAAACCCGACUGUUUCCUUUGAAAUCUGAGUUGAUUUUUACUUAAUAUAAGUUGAUAAAAAAAGCUUUUAGCUUAUAAAUUAUAUCAGUGCAUGGAAAAGAAAAAGCGAAAUAUCAUAAAAUAUGAAAGUUCGACUGAAUUGAGAAAUUUAUAGUCCAUCCCGGGCCAGCUUGUCAUAAUUUUUCAUUCCUCCAAGCUACAGACACAUUUUUUUCGUAGGUCAUCCUCUGUACAUGCGCUUUAUAACGGUAGUUAUCAGGCCUAAUUAAAGGCGCAUGUACAGUUUUAGGUCACGCGUUUUGAAAGGAAACUUCCCGAGAGGUUUCUGUAGCUUGUGGAAAUAAAAAAAUCACGACAAACUGGCCCGAAAUAGGCGGAAAAUAUAAACUAGGUUUAUUUAAUUUGAAUUAUAUGAUUUGCGAAAACUUCCGGUGGUUCAUUGAUAUUAUUUUUUGAACCAACGACAUCACAAUCAAUUUUUAGAAGCCGACGGCCGUCGACAUUCUGAAAGCCGUCUACCGUCCUACCGCAACAAGUUCAACGAGAAGGAGAAGGGAAUCGAAGGACGAAUCAUCAAUGCGACUUGCAAAACGCUGAUAACGAAGCUGGCGGCUAUCAGUUCAGAUCUGAUGCUUCCGGAGAACAUGGUGAGGGGGGGAAAUCGCUAGAAAAGUAUUGCAAAUGAGGUGUUAUAAGUUGUACGAAAACCCUUUCUAGCGUUUUUGGAAGGCUUUUCAUCCAAGAAUGACUUUUUAAUAUAGCUUUUUCCCCUGCCAGCUUCUCACUUUUUUCUCUGCCAGGAAAACCGUUCACUAUAUUUGACUCCACUCCGCUUUAAGACCGUUGUUUUUUUUUCGUCUCUUUUGUAAUUUUGUAGAGGGAAAAGAAAGUUGUUUUAAAGAGGUCCUAGAUUCAUCGAAAAUGACUUUUUGCAGUUUUUUUGAGCGAAAAUACAGAGAAUGUUGUUUUAACGGUAAUAGUAAAGGUAAGAGGUUUAUCCCCUGCAUAUAGUAUGAAGAUAGGUAGGUUAGAGUAAAUACACGAAAAGAAAUGCACUAGAGUAACGAAUAAAGGGAAUUGGCUCGCUUAAGGGUAGUCCGAGGGCCGGCCCGUCAGCCUACCCCCGCGUUUCUCAAAACUCGAUCUUCUGCCUUGGCGAAGUGCCAAACAAGAAAGGCCGGCCUGGGGAAAACUGAGAUUUUUUUCUCCAAGUCGAAAAUCAGACUUUUCUACAACAAAAAUCGCCUUCAGAAACCCUCUAUACUCACGAGAUCAGGCAUAAGGUGUUUUUCCCCCUUGAAAUCUUCUUUCAACCAAAAAUAGGUCACAAACUUCCCAAGAAAAAGGGCCGGCCCCUUCCAAAAAGCGUACAUUUUUUCCAAGUCGAAAAUCAGACUUUUCUACAACAAAAAUCACCUUUAGAAAACACUUUAUACAAACUAGAUUAGGCAUACGCGGUGUUUUUCCCCCUUGAAAUCUUCUUUCAACCAAAAAUAGGUCACAAACUUCCCAAGAAAAAAGGCCGGCCCCUUCCAAAAAGCGUACAUUUUUUCCAAUUCGAAAAUUAGACUUUUAUAUAACAAAAAUCACCUUUAGAAAACACUUUAUACAAACUAGAUUAGGCAUACGCGGUGUUUUUCCCCCUUGAAAUCUUUUUUCAACCAAAAAUAGGUCACAAACUUCUCAAGAAAAAGGACCGGCCCCUUCCAAAAAGCGUACAUUUUUUCCAAGUCGAAAAUAAGACUUUCAUAUAACAAAAAUCACCUUUAGAAACCCUCUAUACUCACGAGAUCAGGCAUAAGUUGUUUUUCCAAUUUUCAACCAAAAAUAAGGCAUAAAAUUGAUUAAAAUGACCUGAAAAUUCCUUUGCAGAGCCUCCUGCAAGACGUUCGAAUGAUGGUAAAUUUUGUCCAAGAACAGCACGGAAAUCCAUUUCGACGAGUCGGUCUCAGCGCCCUCAUCGACGCCAUCAACAAAAAUCCGGCCGUCUCCAGGUCUCAUCAGAUUUUCCUGCAAUUUUUCUAGCCAUUUUUUCCAGCAGCACAGUAGUGUAGUUGGACGUAUGCACAUGCACAGAACGUUAUUCUAUCGAUUUUUUUUUUCUUGUCUGGAUUAUUGAUUUCAGAAAAAAGAGGGCGGGAAAAAUAUAUCUCUAAGGUCCCAAUUUUCCAUUUUUUUUUUUUCAAUGUUUAUAUCUGGAUUUGGAACGAAAUUAUAGGGUUUUUUUGAUCCAAUAUUGAAGUUUAAGCGCAUUUCGGAGUUCGGAAUGGUAUAUAGCUUGAAUUUUUUCUUGAUUUAUUAUUUGUUCUAUCAAUUUGAACAUUGGAAACGUCUUUUUCUCGUUGCGGUCGAAAAUAUAUUCAAUUUAACUAUUUUCAAUCGGACCGCUUCGCAGCCGCAACGCGUCAUACAAAAAUGUAAAAAUCCGAAUGUCCCUUCUGCUUUCCCCCCUUUCCAUAAUGAUAACCAUAGCUCAUAAGAAUUUUUUUUUCCCUUUUAUGGAAUCAACAUUUUGAAAAGGAAAGUUGGAACUUUUCGCAGCGAUUUUUACAGUCGUCGGCGUACUCCACAGACGACACGCCUCGCUGUCCCGGAGAUUCUUCUCCUCGAGUAGCUUUUUUCCCAUUUUUAUACGAUUUUCCAUCCCGUAUUUUCACUUACCCCUAUGAGUGUUCAACUUUUUUGGCUUCAAAUUUGAUUUUUAUGCCGAUUUUUUGCAUGCUUUUUGAGCGUUUGAUUUUGGUUGAAAUAUAGAAAUUAGGAGUCUAGAUUGAUGGGAGAGAAACAUUUUAGUUUCAGCUUCCGAAAAAAAAACAGAAUUUCGACUGGUUUUUAUCUAGAAAUCUGAUUGAAAACGAUUUUUUUUUGGAGUUUAGGCUAAAAAAUGCAUGAUUGGACGAAAAAAUUCGAUUUUGUGCUUUGAUUUCAACAAGAAAAAUGUGAGAAUGUAAAAUAAUGAGCAAAAUUUCUCGAAGUUUAAUAAAAUAUAAGUUUUUUUCAAGUUCCGCCUCCUGCAUGAUUUGAUUUGAUUGAUCUCAAGAAUUUUUUUGGGUUUUCAUUAUCAUUUUUUGUGUGUUGAUUUUUUUGGGAUUUUUUUCGAGUAUAGUUGAAUAAUUGCAGCGAUACGAAAAAGGACGAGAGCAGCGGGAAAAGCAGUCCGGUGGGCCUUUCGGCGCCGAUGGGACGCGGCGAACAGGCCGCCUCCCUGCGCAGAGGUCUUUUCAAGAAGAAGGAGAAGGUGAUUAGAAAAUGCUUGGAGUCCUCUUUGAAGGCAGUAAAAAACGAAAAUCCGAACUCGGACCUUGGUAACGCGAAUCAGACGUGUCAGGGCAUUUCUAGUGACCACUUUAGUAGCCUCAGCACUCUUAAGGGAUCCCUAGAAUCGAACAGAAACGUUCGGAGCACGUCCGUUUCGCGAUACCAAUGUCCGAGAAAAAUGGCGAAUUGUCCAUAGAGCAACUUUACUGCGCCAUUUUGGCGGGGACUCCAGGCUUGUGCCUCAGGCCGGGCGGCUCGGGCUUUGGGCCUAUAACUAUAAAAAAAAAAGCCUGCGUGUGCUCUGGCUAGGCCGGGCUUCGAAAGAAAUGUUAAAUUUCAUUUUGAAAAAAUUUUACGGAAAAAUUAUUUUUACUUGUUGAAUCAUAGUUUCUAAUAACUCUAUAAAAAAAAAUAAGCAGAAAUACCACUUUUCUCGUUAAAAAAGCGAAAAAUUCGAAUUGAAGAGAAUUUGAGAUUUUUGGGCCGGGCCGCGCUUGGGAAUUGGCCGGGGGCCGAGAGAUUGACGGGCCGGCCCUAGCGCAAGCCUGGUCCGGAGCACGUCCCUUUCACAUUACCAAUGUCCGAGAAAAAUGGCGAAUUGUCCAUAGAGCAACUUAACUGCAAAUUGUCCAUAGAGCAGCUUUACUGCACCGUUUCGGCGGGAAUUAAAACUUUCCUCUCUCGACUUUGAAUUAUUUUCUCUUCAAAACUAGGAAUUCCUGUACGUUUCCGAGUACACCGUUAGAAACGCGCUAUAAAGAGCUCUACAAAAUUUCAAACUUUUCUCAAACCCAAUGGGCCUUUAAAAGCUCUUUGAAAAUGAAAAGGAUAAUUCAUGUUUUUUGGUCAUUUUAUCAUUCAAUUGUAAGAAAGGGCGACUUGAUAUUGAGUGUCAUUUCACGAAAAAAUUAAUAGACAAGUUAUAGUGUUAAGCUCCGCCCCUAAUUGCGCGGGAAACCAAUAAGAGAGGGAGUCAGCCACAUAGCGUCAUUUUACUUCAAACUCAGAAUCUGAACAGAAUAUAACUUCCAUGUUCGAAUGAAAUACUGAAUUAAAACGCUUAUUUUUGAACCUCUAGAGCGGAGGGACCGGAAAUGAAGAUUCCGAAGGCGAUUCUUCACCUUCUACGCCUCGAACCAUAUCUUCCAUGGACGAUAACACGUCGCCGCUCGCUUCUUCCGGAGCUCAUAAGAAGAAAAGUGCGCCCAAGUUGCAUUUUGGUGAGAGUUAUGAUUGGAAAUGAUAGAAAUUUUGAUAUUGACAAGCUAUUAACGUUGAAUACUCAGUGUAAUUUGUGACGUAGAAUGACGUAAUAUUAUCCGUAGCGCGCACUUUCUUUUUUUCGUAAAUUCAGAAUUUUUGAGCAGAAAAAAAAGUUAUUAACGUUGAAUACUCAGUGUAAAUUAUGACGUAGAAUGACGUAAUUUUAUCCGUAGCGCGCACUUUCUUUUUUUUGUGAAUUCAAAAAUUUUGACGCCCUCCAUUAGGAAUGCCGUGUAUUGAUUUAGAAACUUGAGAGCUUAGAAAAAAGUGACAAAGCAUGAAGGUGACAUACGGAAUUCAGAAAUCUUGUUUGAAAUUCAGAAGGAUUCGGGAAAAUUGGGAGUCACAAGUAGAAUAAGGAGGAACCUAGUGGAUCAAACUGAAAAAAAAAAUUUUUUUUCGAAGCUAAAGUUUUGUGUAAUCUUCAGCUCCUUUUAAUAUCUUGAGGAUUUUCAUGAAUUUUUUUUCGCAGGAUUUUUGCUUUUUACUUGAAAAUUAUCACAGAAAGACGAUUUAUGGUCUCCUUUUUAUGGGCUAAGUAGGGGAAAAUAUCAAUUUUCAGUCUUUUUCUUUGAUAGUUUUGAUUAAAAAUGGCUGUAUUUAGUUAUUUCAACACAUAAUUUUGAAUUAUUGAUUCUUUGUUUGGCUCUUUUUUAUUGAAAAACAAUCGAAAUUGGUUAAAAAAGUCGAUUUAGGGGUUUUUAGACUGAUUGAUCAAAAGGUGAAAAAGGCCAAUAUUUUUUUUCACCUCAUUUUGAUCUUCUAAACCCGAAUUUUGCUAAUUUGUACUGCAAAAUUCAUUUCUACCUUCAUUCCAGCGUUCAACCUACUGAAAACAGUCCGGCCGGAUAACAUGGAUGAAGAAGGAUCCGACUCGGAAAAUGGCGAAGAUGGGGUUUUAGGAAAAAUCCAAAAUUGUCAGCUCAUUUUCGAGUUUUCAGGACGACUUCUGUACUCGAAAGCCACAGAGAGAAUCGUCCAAGAAGCUUCGAAUGCCUGUCGAUUGUAAUACAUUUUUUACUGACAGGAAAGUAGAAGUAAUUUUCAGCUCGAGGCGGAAUCCGGGUGUGGAACGUCUACGUACCUCCGCCCGUCUACCUGGAUAUCAAGGGGAUUUUUGAAGGGGCUAGGAGGUUGAAAUGAAAUGAAUUAUUAGUUGAAAAUGUUACAUUUAGGUUCGCAUUUCUGCUGGAAACGGCAAGGCCGGGAACUUUUCCAGAUCCACCGCUCAUUGCAGCUCUUCUGCACUUGGUUAGUAGAGGGAAUCGAGAAAAUUAGAGGUUUAGGGAGUUGAAAAUUGAGGAAGAAGAGGAAAACGGAAGAAAGGACCGAAAAGAAGCCUUUAAAACUGUCUAAAGAAGGGAUAAUUUUAUAAGUGUUGAAAAUGAGUCAAUGGAAAGAAUGAUACAGCUUUUUUAAAUUUUAUUUUAUUGAGUGAAGGAAACGGGGAAAAAAGCUAAUGGUUCAGUAAGUAAAAGUUGAAGGGAAAAGAAGACAAAUUGAAGAAAGAGCUUAAGGACCAAUAAGUAUUCAAAAAAAGGUUAAUUUUAAAAAUGAUACAGCUUUUCUGUCUUUCGUUGGUAGAGAUAAUGGAUUUUUGGGAGUCGGAGAGUUAAAACAAGAAAAAAAGUUCAUGGUUCGAAAGAAAGCACAUAAAAAGAUCAAGGGGAGAGAUAGAAUCGAAAAUUAUUGGUACGAAUAUUACCUCGCUGAUUGGUCUAUUCCUGGUGCCAUUAAAACUUUCAGAGUAAAUAUUUCGAUAUGUUCAGAAAUCGCCGGUUCUGGCCCGAGCGGCCCUUUUGCUGGAAUGCGCCAAUUUUGUGUCGAGAUGCAACCGAGGACAAUGGCCCGAGUGGAUCCGCUCGUCCCAUCAUCGGACCUUCAGCUUGGGAGGCCCGCUGGCCAAUCGAGGUUCUUGGGGAUAACUCAAAAUAGGAAAAAUUGAUCUAGACGGGAAGCUUGAAUAUUUUUAAAGUUUCUGGGAAGCCACUAUAGAGGCUCGCCGAAGACUACUUGGAGAGAACACUAAACCAACCUCUAUAGUGGUCACUAUUUUCCGUUUUAGUGGCCACUUCAGUAGUUUUUCAUCCAUUAUUCCUUCCAGUAACUCUGAAAAUUUCAAAACAAACAGGUUAGACCAGUUAUGUUGAUCCAUUGACCCCUAAAGUGGCCACUAAAAUUUUUAGUGGUCUAGUAGUAGCACUUAGACCUCUAUAGUGGUCACUAAUUUCUAACCCCUUAAGUGGCCACUAAAACGUCAAAACCCUAUAGUGGCCACUAAAAAUAUUCCCAGUUUGGCUUGAUAAAAGGCUUUGGAAGCUUUUUUUGGAAUAUUAGUAGGGCCCCUUUUCGUCUAUUAAAUAUUUUAAAACCACUCUUCCAGCUUGAAUUUUUCGAUUCAAGGCACCCCGUCGGCAACAAGACGUAUGCACUCCCUCCAAAGACUUGCUGGCCGCUACUUCUAUCACUGGGCUGUCCAGCUCGGAGAGCAAUUGGCCAAGAAACUCGACGUCGACGCGAUCCUCGACAGGAAGUUCGUCAAGAUGGAGGACGUCAUGGAGGACUUCUUCGAUGAUGGUGGCUCUUCUCCAUGGAGCAUGAUUUAUAUCCCAUCUUAGGCCUCGCCAAUGACUCGACCGGCGAAAGAUGUCCGCCGGCCCUCCAGCUCAUUGCCGUGCUUCUUUUGCAGGAAAUCACGGCCUUCCUCAGGGAGACCUUCAAAACGAUCCCCAGGUCCAAGACGGCCAAGGUAGGGGUAGAAGGAAAGGAAAAAAAUUGAUUUUUUAAAAAUUGGGUCCCUCUUGCAAUGUAGGAUUGACUAUAAGGGAAAGGAAGAUUACUCAAUUUUCAACUCAACUAUGUCAAAAUUUCUUAUCCUUGAAAAAAAUAGCAAUUAUCUCAGCCGACAACCGGAAAUUCGGGCUGGGACAAACUACUAAGCCACCGACGUUGGUCGAUCCUCUCCAACACUUUCAACGCCCAACAAACGGGAUCCGUCAAUAGUAUCACUGACAUGAAUAAUUCCAUUCAUUGUAAGCUUUUCGCGCCAUUUUUUGAAAAGAUGGGCAUUUUUCUCAGUGAAUGACCGAGAACGGCGGAUAAGCUUGUCGGCGGCCGAAGAAGACUCGCCCAGAGGCUCGAAAGACGCCAUCGACGAAGUCACCUUGGACAAAAAAGGUAUCAUUUUCUCGGCUCUAUGUCCAUUCUCUGCGUUCGCCUCCCCCAUUAUGUUGCUUUUUUGAGUUUUGCUGAAGCUUUUUAGAAAAAUCGAAUAGGCUUUUCUUCAGUUAUGCUGUAUAUUUUUUGGUGAUUCUUAAAUUUUACGAAAAGUUGGAUACUGAAAUCUAUAAAUUUCAAGUUUUAGUAGGGCUACAAAGUAUUUUCUCAUCAAAAUCACAGUUUUUCUGAGAAAGUUGUGUAAAAGAGCCUAAAUUGGUCAAGAAAGUGCGCUCUAGCGAAAUUUUUCAAUGAUUGGACAAAAUUAGGAACGCCAGAGUGGUCCCUAUAGGGAUUAGGGGAGAAAAGAGCCCUAGAGGGGACAAAUGUGACCAUAUUUGGGUAAAAUCCAGGUGGACUCAUUGGGGGUUUAGGAUCUGACCCCUAAGCUUCUAAAACUUGAGUACUCCCUAUAGGAACCUCUUAAUUUUUGUUCAGAUUUGAAAAAUGAAAAAAAAAAUACUCGAUUGAUGAAGCUUAUGUUGACACUUUCAUUUAAAAAACGUUAAUUUAUUGAUUUUUUUUUUUGAAUGGAAAUGCUUCUUCUCAUAGAGUUCAUAACAAUAUUCGACUACUACGUGCCCUAUAGGUGCCCCUAACUGAAACCCCCAUAGGGACCACUUUUGAAAGCUGUCUCGCGGCCCAUAUAGGGGUUAGUAAAGUGGUUCCUUGAGUGCUCUUAAGGUCACCCUAUAGGGACACCCUGGAGUUCCUAAGAAAACAGAGGUUGAAACUAGCCAAUCGCAAACUUUUUUAAGAAGUUUAGUGUGUUUUAGGGCUUGAAAAAGUUUUCAGAGAAGCUUAGCCGCAACAGAAUUGGAGUUCUUGAAACAUUUCAGUCCCUCUGAAGUCCAAUAAGGAUUCGAAAAACUAGAGAUUUGAAGUCAAAGCUUUGGAGUAGGAGACUGAGCGUUCAGGUGACACUUUCUCUAAAAAUUGUAGUUGAAAAACUUUUUUGAAGCGGUAUUGAGUGACAGGAAACUAGCGGACCGAUGAAAAAUCAAUUUUUCAGAGAACCUUCUUAGAAAGUUAGGACUAGGAUAGCAGUUACAGUAUUUGAAAUUAUUGGAAUAAACUAGCUCUUUGGUACCCCAUUCUGAACAAAAAGAGCAGACGGGGGUGUUUGAGCAGCGGCGCCACCGCCACCUCCACCAGCGCCGACGUCUUCGUCGUCGUCGGUGAGGCCGCCGUCGCUGAGCACCCGACUGUUCUCGAGGCAGUCGACGCACGACGACAGCUGCGCGUCUUCGGCCCACGGAUCGACGAAAUCGACGACCUACGUCCCGGAGACAGGUCUCGCCACACGUGAGGAUGAUGCACGAUCAGCACUGCAUCUCCUUCUUCUCUUCUUCUACUUCUGCUUCUUCUUCUUCUACCUUCCGCUUUAUCUUGCCUGACGCGACACUGUUUCGAUUGGACUGUGCUUGUUGUGCCUCGGAGAUCUAUCAUUUUUUUUCUCGUUGAGCUUGAGUGCGACAUUUGGUUUGAACUUCAGACCAAGAAAAAUGAAGAAAAAUGUUCAGCUAGCUUUCAAUCUUUACCCAAGAGGGAUAGGAGUAGUUGAAGAUCACAUGUUUUUGAAUGGUUUUGGCUUAGAUUCAGAUUAAUCUAGAAAACUGCAGAUGAAUGGUAAAAUUCCGACGAAUGUUUUAUCAGCUUAUUUGAAUAGCAAAAAGAAGAUGAUUAGACUUGAAGGGCUAGGAAAUUUUUUAAAAGCUUUUAGACCCUUUUUGAAUCGUCAGACUAACGGAAGUUGGCUUGAGAUUGGGCUAGGAUAGACUGAUUUAACUGGUUUCAAACUAACUUUUGAUAAAAUUGUGAUUUUUGGACUGGUUGAGGUCUUUAGAACAUCUUCAAGAAGUUUAGAAGCAGUUAGAUUUGAAAAUAACCGAAUUUUGGCUUCAGAGCCAUCAAAGUUACUCUAAAUGAACAUAUUUGGGAGUUACAAAGACUAGCGUCACAUCGGAAAAGUUAAACAUGUCUUUAGAAAAGAGAAGUAGAACUUUUUGAAGACAAAAUGAACCUGAAAUUAGCUGAAAUUAGAGAAAAACUAUAUCGAAAUCCAUAAAACUUUAUUCAGAAGUGAUUUGUACCAUGAAAAAUAUUCAAUUCGAGCUUUUUCUGCACAGAAACACGUACACAGACACGUUACACACGGAAUGAAAAUUUUUGAAAAAUUGCAAGGAAUGAACUCGUACACGUUAUCAAUGUACUCCUACCAAGACUGUCGUUCUUUGGAAAAUGACAUUUUUUGCAGGUCGAAGAAUCGCGACGGGUCGUCAACGUCUCCUGAAACGAGGAUCGCCCAUCGGACAGCAGCCUUCUCUGGAAUCGAGCCACAAGAGGAGGUCGUUUAGGUGUGUAGAGCAGUUUUGGUCCUGGUCCGGAAUGCCCUAGACGAAGCACAAACAGUGAAGUGGCCAUUUUAGGGUUUUGACGUUAUCAGUCGAAAUAGUGACCACUUAAGAGACUGAAUAUUAGUGGCCUCUUUAGAAGUCUAAUUGGUGCUACUAAACCACUGAGAAAAAAAAGUAGUGCUUCUACUGAGGGGAUUGAGGGACCACUUUAGUCUCCUUUCCAAGUAGUCCUUGAGGAACCUUUUUAAGAGGCCACUAUAGCGUUUCGUAGUUCCUCCAGGUGUGUGGAGCAGUUUUGGUCCUGGUCCGGAAUGCUGUUAGGAGUCUUGAGAGGCACGAAAAUGCGGAGGAUUUUUGGAAAAUACGGUCAUUUUCAUGGAUUCAUCGUUAUGGGCACGAUCUAAGAAUAUUCUUAGUGGCCACUUUAGUGAUUUGGCAUCUCAGUGGCCACUAUAGUAAUCGAAAUAGUGACCACUUGAGUGGCUAAAAAUUACUGGCCUCUUUAGAAGUUUGAGUGGUACUACUAGACUACUAAAACUGCUAUAGUGGCCACUAGACGAAAACUAGAAAAUCCUCAGUAGCCUUGAGGGUUUUGACGUUUUAGUGGCUAUUAUAGUGAUCGAAAUAGUGACCACUUAAGAGGAUAAAAACUAGUGGCCUCUUUAAAAAUGUGAGUCGUGUUACUAGACCACUAAAACUACUAUAGUGGCCACUAAGACGCAAAGUAAGAACUUCUACAGAGGUUGUCCUAGUGACCACUUUAGUGCCCUCUCCAAGAAGUCCUUGAGCAACCACUUCAGUGGCCACUAGAAGUUUCUCCGUUUUUAGGCAUGAUUCUAAGUUCAAAAUCCGAAUUUCAUACUCAGUUUCGACUUUUCAGAACCCGAAAACAAUCGAAAAUGCCGCAUCCGGACGACGAGGAAAAGUCUGACACAAGUGAGGAUUUUUUUAUUUCCUUAAAAGUCAAAAAAGACAGAUUUUCAAAAGAAGGUUAACAUGUAGGGCUUCAGAAUCUUUGAUCAAAGCUUCAAGAUUUUUUGUGAAAACCAUCAGAAGUUUGUACGACUCUACUGAAAGCCUGAAAAUAAUAAAACGCUUGAAAAACUUGUAAAUGAAGCGCCAACCCUACGGCGGGCGUCAAGUAUGCGCUCGCCGGCUCUUCUCGCCGUUAUCCAACACGCCAUACCCGACAUUACUUCCUUUUUUCUCCAUCCUGAAGGUUUUUUUUUCCGACCGCAGAAACGUCGCUCCAUUGUACUCUUCACUUUCCCUUUAGUCAACUCCCUGUUUCAGUCAUCAAUGACAGCAAACCCUUCGCCAAAUCGCACUGUUUUCCCCAUAUUCAGGAACGGCAGAAUAUCCACCCUGUAGGGUUCAAAAAAGUACCCACUAUAGGGGUAAAAUUUAGGAAGUCUCUGUAGGGGGUCUGAUCCUUGAGCCACAGAAGCUGAAGUGGUCCCUAUAGGGGUAAAAUUUAGGAAGUCUCUGUAGAGGGUCUGAUCCUUGAGCCACAGAAGCUGAAGUGGUCCCUAUAGGGGUCAGAUUUAGGAGGUCCCUGUAGAGGGUCAGAUCCUUGAGCCACUGAAGCUUAAGUGGUCCCUAUAGGGGUCUGAAAACUCUGCGUUAAAGUUUGAUAACUAAAAAGCAAACUUGAUUCAUCCUAUGUUGAUAUUUUUCAUCAAAUGACGAUGUUUUCUUGAGUUUUUCGAAAUGCUUCUUCUCAUCAUAACAAUGAGCGACUAUAGCUGAUUCACGGUUGGCUUGAGCUAUCGAAAAAUGGGUCCUGACACGAUAAGAAAAGAGACAGUGCCUGGUUGAUGGAGGGCGCAGACAGGCCACGCCUUUUUGCGUCUCAAGCCAGCCGUGAUUCGGCUAAAGCAUGUACCCUAGAGGGGCCCCUUUUUCAAGCUUUAGUGGUCACCUCCCUAGAGAGGAACCUCCAAGGGCCCCCUAGGGAUCACUCUAGAGUUCCUAACUUUGUUUUUUCAAACUUCCUAUGCUCCUGGUCAGUGUCCCUGAAGUGAAAUUUUCCCAGUUUUCCUCAAAAUCUCUUCAAUUAUGUAUAUUAAUCACUUCAGAACGUUUACCUAUUAUAUAUGUAUAGUUUGAUGUCGUCUAUCCAACCCUAUUUUUUUUUGUAAAGUCUUUUCCUUUUCAACCAUGCUGCGACAGGAAAUUAAAAAUUCUUUCAGGUCUUUCUUGGUCUCAAAUUUUCCAUAUUAUAACCAAACCAAAGCACUUUAACUCUGAAAACCCAACUCACAUGAACUUUCCCCCAAAACUUUUAAAUUUCUCCAAAAAGCUUUGGUUUUCCAGUGGUACCAAGUGCGACUGGAAGGGAUUCUCUGAAACCGGAAGAGCCGCUUCAAUCCCCCACCGAACCAGUUCAUAACGUAGUUUUAUUCAUUUGAGAGAAGACUUGACGGAUUUUUUUCAGAGUUACCCGAGCUCACAGCACGGCAGUGGCUAUGGGCAACAGGCCGUCGCCAAACCGACUAUGGACGAUGAAGAACAACACAUGUUGACCAAUUUGCCAUGGAUUAAGGUGAAAAUUAGUAGAAGUUAAGAUUUACUCUAGAUUGUUAAGAAGUUCCAGAGUAGCUUCUAUAGGGGUUAGGAGGAAAAAAGCCCCUAUAGGAGCCGAAAAAGUGGUCACUAUAGGGGUAAAAUUACGGUGAUCCUUAUAGGGGUUCAGAAUCUGAUCCCUUAGUCCCUAAAGCUCAGGCGGUCCCUAUAGGGGUCUUAAGGGGUUGAAAAACGCUUAUUUAUUAAAUUUUUCGCAUGAAAAUAGAGUACAUCAAAAUUAUCGAUUAGCAUUUCCCCUGUAGGGAUCACUUUCGCAAGCUUUAGUGGCCUCUAUAGGGGUUAUUGAAGUGUUCCCUAGAGGGGACCCUCCAAAGCUCCUUAAGGUUGCCCCUAUAGGGACCGCUCUGUAGCUCCUAAGGUUGAGAAGCAACUUUUGAUGUCCAGAUUGGCUCAAAAUCUCAAAUCUAGAAGCUGAAAACUAGCUCAAGAUUGUUGAGGAGCAGCUUUUCAAAAAAAUAUAUGGAAAAAUAACCUUGAUUUAAUCUAGAAUAUUCCCCAGCUUCUUCCUUAAAAGAAAGCAGCUGUAUUUACGCCGGUUAAUGCGCUCGAUCGCGAAAAUUUUCUGAUUGGCUGAAUGGACUAUCAGAAGCUCCUGAUAAUGAAAGGCGUUCUAGUUUGGAGUUUGGAAAAAAAAAUAUAGAAUGUAGUUGAUCAAGUACAUAUUAUGUUACCCGAUUCGGAGCAUUUUGACCCGAGUUAUAAACAUUAGAAGUUCAAGUUGAAUAAAAUGAUAGAGAGUAAGGAAAAAUAGAUCUUUUGGGUCUGAGAAGGUAUCUUGUAGACUUACCGUAGCCCUUUACAAAAGUGGGCAUGCCCAGUUGCUCGGAACAGUUUAUUUUGUCCGAAUCGGAGCAUUUUGAUCCGAGUUAUGAGUUUCUGAAGUCAAAAUUGAAUAUGACAGUGUUAUGACUUCGCGCAAAAAUCGAUCCAAAAUAAAAAUAGUAAUCAUAAAUCCAGGUGCUGAUCCGCGUGACGAACUCGUUCAACCUGGAGUGUCGUCACGACGGCGUCUGCCAUCCCAGAUGCUUCAAUCGUGUUCAUCGACAGUGUUUCCGUCUUUGCGAAUGUCUAUCUACCUUGUAUGGAAUCAAAAGGUAGAAUGGAUUUUAUUGAGGAUUUUUGGAACCACAAAGAAGGGAAUUAACAAUAAAGCGUUCAGGGUUUCCUUCAGGGUCCUUUUUAUUGAUUUUUGGAAGAGUUUCCCUGUAACUAUCCAUUUUUGGAGAUUGUGUCAAGUUGCAAAAAUUGAUGAUUUCCGCGAGAAAGCACAGUUUUGCAAUGAACAAGUUUUAGGAAAAUAAUUUCAUUUUUUAACUUAUUUGAAAGCAAUAAUCUGUAUUCAAACUGAGUUUCGUCCUCUUCUUUUUGAAGGAAAUUAACCUUAAAAUGAACGAAUUUUCAAAGAAAUAAAGGAUGUUAAGAAGGGAAUUUCAUGUCCGCAAAUGUUCGUGAGCGUGAAUUGUGCAUACACCGACGGUGGGGGGCUCGAAUUUUUGAAAAUUUGAGUAUUUGCGGACUCAAAGUUCCUACAUACCAUAAAAUGGAGCAGCUGAUUUUGAGGAAAUGUCGCGAGAAACUCCCAAUUUGUUUUCUAAUCAAUGGUUUUUUGAUGAAGAAAACGUUUUUCAAGAAAAAAGUAUUGAAAAAACCAUUCCAGGAACGUCGAAACCCGAGUCGACAAACGAAAAUUGCUGGCCGACAAGUGGCAAAGCGAACAGAAAGCUCUUCGACGGGUAUCUUUCAUUUUUUAUCACGUUUCCCUGAUUUUUCAGACAUUUCCAAACUUUUUUAGGAAUCUGAAUUGUUGGCGUUGUUAAGGGUGAAUUUUGGUAGACUUUUUUUAUCCUCCCCCCCUUCCUUUUUUUGACCCAUUUUUCAAAAUCAACAAAAAAACCACCUGUUUAGAAAUCGAUUAAGAGGUCUUCUGUCCGGGUGAGAAAUUUGAUUUUUUUCGCUUCUCUUCUUUUCAAGCCCCCCGCGAGUCUAAUUCAGGGGUCGAAAAAAACUCCCUCGUCAGGUGCCAAGCUCUCUUUUCGUCAGGUCCUCUUUUCAGUCAUUUUUUUGAACAAAUGGAAAAAAACCGUAUUUUUCGACUUUAUAUCUGGUAUCAGAAACUGACGUGGAAGUCUGCAAAUAGAAAAAAAUCUUGGAACUUUUUUUAAUAUCCUCUGUUUUUUUAAUAUCCUCUUUGUAUUCAGCAAAAACUGAGAUAAUUCAAACUUGAAACAAACGAAAAAAGACUCAAAAAACCGAAAAAUUGCGGUUUUUUUCCAUGGAGCAACUUUACUGGGAAUAGCGAGGUUUUUCGAAAAAAAAACCCCCCGGUUAAAUCAUUUUUUGCUUGAAAUUUCAGUCUGGUCAGAUUCAAAUUUGAGGGCACUAUUUUUUCUUUUCGAUCUUUAAUUAUUUUUUUCCAAAAAUCUAAAUGGACAUACUGAAAUUCAGGCGCGCCGACCCCUCUCUGCUCUAGAAAAUUUCUUAGUUUUUUAACCACUUUCUCUUACUUCUGUAUGACGCCCCCAUAUAUCUUUUCCAGGAGAAAGCCCAACAACGCACAGAAUCAAUCCGGGUUGAGUAUAAAAAGCAAUUUUUCCCUCAUUUUUAGUGACACCUUUAGGGAAUUUUUUUUUUGUUCCUUUAGAUUUUUUUUUAGCCGACUGAAGCAAAAACGUCGAUCUUGGUAAGGAAAUUCGUGAGAAGAAAGAAUAAUCUGUCGUAUUUUUCCGUGUGUCAACUAUUUUGACAUCUUUGAGUAGAGUGUGGCUGCAGUGAUCCUAAAAAUGAAUAAAUUAUAAAUUUUUUUUCGAUCUUGAAACAUAAUUCUCGGACGUUGGUAGUGCAAACCAGACGUUCCUGACAAGGUCAUUUUUUCUUUACGAUUCUGAUUUUUCUUUUCUGAAAGUCUCAAGCUCCAUAACUUCCCCGUUUUUAAGAAAAAAGGGUCUAAAGCUCUAAAAAUGGCCUGUUUCAACGAAUUUUGAAGUUUCCUUUUUCUGAGUGGCUUCAGUACUCUUAAGAGUUCACUAGAAAUGUUUAGAAGCUUCCAGAAGGCGACCGGUUUGCAUUACCAAGAUCCGAAUUUAAAGAUUUUAUCAACAGAGCGCAUUUAACCGCUUGAAAAUAGCUUCUGUUUCCGGAGAUUCUAACAUUCUAAUUUUUCCCUUAGUGGAACCUACAGCCACAAUUCGUGACCGGAAAUAAUACUCCAUUCGCACGCUAACACCACUAGAAAACCCCCGCUUCUCCGCCUCUCUACCAACUUGUCAACUUAUUAGCCUUUUAUGGUGAAUUUUGAAGGUUUGAGGGAUGCAUUUCAGAGCGUUCAUUCGAGGCAAUCGGCAGCGGUGCCGAGAAGAGAGAGCGCCAUGGUCGGACAGCCGGAACACACCAGCAAGGCGAUCAAGGCAUGUUUCAGAGGGAACAGCUUGAAUUUGAUGUAGGAGAUGAUCAGGCUGAAAUUUGAGAUAGGAUCUGAUUAACAGUUGUGAGGAAAGUACUGGAUUUUUAGAUGAAGACAGAAAAUUGCUGAACUUUGUGAUUGAAACUAGAGUUUAAGCCCUGAAACUCAUUUUUAAGCUUUUUUUGAUGUGUAUUUUUAGGCCCUACUCAUGGAGAAGAUGAUGCAAGAAAAGGAGAAGGAGAAAGAGAAGGAAAAAGAAGAGAGCGCAGCGAAGAAGACAAGCAUCGAGCAAGACAGAACUAGCGACGAGGUCGAGGACGACGACCUGGAGGACGACGUCAACAAGCCGAUGAUCAACUACAUCCGCGGCCUCGUCCUGAAACUCGUCCACAGCCCCAUCUCGGCAGUCCUCAAGAGCUGCCUCCUGCUCAACGUCGACCAGUACAAGCAGAUGAUCGAGACGUCUUGGAAGUUGCUCCUUCAUGAAGAGCCCCACGUCGUCUUGAGCGCCGCCUCGAUGUUCAUCGUGGCGAGUGUUCGACGUUCAGAGGACGCCUUGGCCGUUAUGAAGAAGGACUUUGAGUCUGGGGAUCCGAAUCAGAGGACUAACGCUAUUCAGAGGUGCUUUCUAUGUUUGAAAAAAACUGGGGGGGGCAAAAAGAGUCCUUUUCUAGAGUUUCAAGGGCUCAAGAAAUGGUGCAAAAAAGGUGCAAAAAGGCCGAUAAAAGCCGCAAAAUGGCAGCAAAAAGGAUCCCUUUAUAGGGCCUUUCAUUUUUCCACAUUUUCAAGGGCUCAAGAAAUGGGACAAAAAAGGUGCAUAAAGGUCGAUGAAAAGGUACAAAAAGGCAGCAAAAAGGGUCAUUUUAUCGAGCCUUUCAUUUUUUCUACAGUUUCAAAAAGGUCGACAAAAGGGUACAAAAAGGCAGCAAAAAGGUCGAAAAAAGGGUACAAAAAGGCAGCAAAGAAGGUACCUUUGUCACCGUUUAAGGGACAUUUCUAUAUAGAUUUUUCGACUUUGUCUGUGUAAGGAGGUCUUGCUGAUUUUGGUGGUAGUUCUCUGAAAAAUUUGAGGUUUUAGCGUCUUUUCUUGAUGGAAUUGAAACUACUGGUUUUUUGAUAAGAAGUUGAUGAUCAGAGAAUAUUUCAAUUUUUUUUCGAACUAAAAGUUCCUUUCACCUUUCUUGAGCUUCUGAGCCAAUAGUUUUUUCCAGUCAUUAUUGAUCCCAACGAGAAAAAAAAUUCCAGGUUCUACGCUCUAUGGAGAAAUCGGUUCCAUGCGUGGCUCAAAAUGGAAGAAGGCGCCCAGGCUUCGUUCAAGGUUAUCAAUACGAAGUCUUCAAAAGGAAAGUUAUAAGCUACAGGUACCUCCCCCAGGUAUCGACUUCACCCUACCCUCACCCCCAAUCGGGCAAAGUCAACUCCCGGUUGUUGAUCCGCCCUGGAUGCCUCAUAUGAAGACGAAAAUCGAAGAGUUGUCACUGAAGGAAGAGGAGCAUGCGACGGUGGGGACGAUCUUUUUAGGCAAAUUGAAAAGUAAUUUUCAGUCACAGACGAUCAUGACGAUGACGAGAACCCGACGGAAACAGAAGCAGGAGAUGGUCAAACGGGCGGUUCGGGAAGCCGAAGAACGACAGUGCGAACAGCGGCAGUUGUUCAGGUCCUGAUAUGGGAUUAUUUUUAUGUUUGAAAUGGAUUUUUUGUAUUAUUCAUGGAUUGAUACCCGUUCUAAGAGUGCACUUAGGGACGCCAGAGUGGCCCCUAGAGGGAGAACCUUGAAAAGCCCCCCCCUCUAGAACAACUUUUCCUCCCCUUUAGGGGCCACUAAAGCUCAAAUGCUCAUAGCUUCAAAGUGUAACUUUUAUGUUGGGUAUUUUUCCGGAAAGCUUUCCUUAUACGUCGGCUGGAUCCCACCCCCUUCAAACUGCGACCCCACUCCCCCUUAAACUGCGAUCUACCCCCCGUCAAACUGCAACGACCUACCCCCCCCAAAAAAGUGCAGCCUACUCCAAAUUUUUCGCGCACAAAAAGGCUGGGGUCGGAUCCAGCCGAUGUAUGAGCUUCAUUGACAGGUCUUUUUCAGACUUCGCGGCUCUGCCGUCGUCUCACUUGCCGCCUAUGAACCGGCUCUUUUCCAUCAUCAGCAGGAGCAGUCGGAAGGUGGGGGAUUCUGGGGAACCUUGACAAAAGUGUUCUGUUAUUUCUGAAAUAAGUUUCCAUUUCAGUCUCUCUAAUAUCCUUGACAGAUUAGUGUGAACCCUAGAGAGCUCCCUUAGAUCUGUAAUUCAAGAAAAUGAUUAAUUUUUUCAUUAGUUGAGCUUUGGAAUGGUAGAUGGAUCUGCUACUUCUCUUGAAACUCGAUCUGAUUCAGAGUCCGAGGCGCCACACCAUCAAACGAGGCAUAUGAUGCCGGUGGCCCAGCCCUUGUUCCCCUCGACUUUGCUCUCUGUCGUGCCAACGAUCAUCGAGCUUUUGGACGAUCCUCAGGUCAACAGCGACGGAGUUUCAGGUACUAGAAAACACGAUUUCGGGGGUUUUUUGAAGCGGGAAGGAUUGAGAACAACAGCAUUUUCUAAAAUCGCCGAUCCCUCUUUCCAAGUUUUUUUUUUCAAAAAUUGAAGUUAGGAUAGUUUGAUAAUAUAGUAAAAUACCAUUCCAAUUAAGUGUAAAAUCAUUCCAAGAAUAAAGAUUGGAGGAAGUUUUGAAAACCCCAAAGACAAUUCAUUAGAGAUGUUAGAAAAAGCUUAUUAUUCUCCUAAAACAGGAUUUUGUGGAAUAAAUUACAACGUCAGACAAAGAAACCUAUAAAGAAGUUCAAAGAAUUUCUGAAUCAGCAGGAUGUUUGAAGACUUCAUAGAAUACUACAAGAAGAGAAUUCAGAGAAGAAAAUCCGAAACUUUCAAAGGUACCCAAACCUGGAGAAGAGAUUAAAAAAAGAGUAAAGGAAUAAAGAAAAAUGUUGUAAAAUCAGGUGGGCGAAAGGGUGCGCUAGAACGGUAUUAAUGCGCAGUUUUCAAGCAGAAAUUUGACAGUUUCUGACCUUUUUUCAGUCGGCGACGUGGCGAAGAAGGUGAUCUGGACGUGUAUCGUCGAGGAUCCUUCUCUGUUUUUGCGACAUUUCCUCGAGAAACUCACGAAUCGUGAUCGACAGGUUCCUUUUCACAUUAGGAAUUUUGGAACUUCGAAAAAAUCCUUUUUUUCCAUCACUUUCUUUUUUCUUUUCUCUCAGUUGUGGUUCAUUAGAACUUUCAUUUUUCGAUAAAAAUGCACAAAAUCAUCUUUUUGCAUGCCUUUUUUUGUCACGUGAGAACUGUCCUUUCUUCCUUUCCAGGCGUUCGUCAACGAGUUCACGCCGACUCCAUCUUACGUACGUUUUUCUCGAAGACAGAUGCAUGCGAGUGUCAUUUUUUAGGCUUCUUUAAGUUUCGAAAAUUCGAAAAAAAUUGAAGAGUUACGGGUGAAAAUCGUUUCAGGAGGCGUUGAUGGCCCAAUUGCGGAAACUCGUCCUCAGAUUCCAUCCGUUGCCCAGCCAAGCCGCACAUUCUUUACUGAAUUAUUUGGUGAGAAGCUUGAAAAAGUUCGAAGCUAGAAAAAAAAAAUGAUUUGGGGUUGAAAAACCAGUCAUUUUGGUACCAAAUUUGAGAAAGGAAAAGAAAAUUUGAAAGAUUCUUCACUCGACAUUCUUCACUCGAUUUUUUGCUAAUUGACCUAUGAGUGUGUGAAAAUGAAAAAAAUCGUUUUGAAAUUAAAAAAUCAUGUAUUUUGAUGAUAAUUUUGAAUUUAAAGCUUCGAAGUCCCAAAAAUGAUAAAAAACUAUCUGAACUCAUCAGUUAGAAAAGACCUUUCAAAAGUCUGAACUCGUACAAUUCCAGUUUGGAUUCGUGAUGCACUACGUCCGGGCCCAAUGUGAAGGUUCUGAGAAGGCCAUCGGAAUGGCCUUGUCCCUAUGCUGGCUCCUGCCAUCCAACAUCCACGGCCUCUACUUCAAAGACCUCAAACAGACCCUGAAGAAGGAGCAGUGCGAUGUGAGUGACGCCACGUUGUGAAAUCGAAAAAGUCACUUUAGAACACUUAGCAGCCCUAAAGAGGAACCUUGAGCUUGAUCCGUCGCGCGUGGCAAAUUAGCAGCCCUAGAGGGGACCCUUGAGUCUGAUCCGUCGCGCGUGGCAAAUUAGCAGCCCUAGAGGAGACCCUUGGAUCAAAUUCGCCAUUAACAGCCCUAGAGAGGACCCUUGAGUCUGAUCCGUCGCGCGUGGCAAAUUAGCAGCCCUAGAAUAGACCCUUGGGUCUGAUUCGCCGCGCGUGGCAAAUUAGCAGCCCUAGAGGGGACCCUUGAAUCCGAUUCGCCAUUUACAGCCCUAGAGAGGACCCUUGAGUCUGACGCUACAUAACUCGGACCGGAAGUGCCCCGGACGUUUUGGAGUUCCUCUAGGGAUCAUUUAAGAGUACGGAGACCGCUAAAGUGAUCACUUCGAAAUGCUGAGACACUUCCGGUUCGCGUUAACAAGGUCCGAUAAAAGAGCGGAUACGUUGGACGUAAUUCAAACUUUCUGAAAUUUUUUUCAAAAAAAUUGAAAUUAGAAAAUGGAUUUGAAUGUGUAAAAAGGUCCCAGAAAAGUCUCUAGAGUUAGAUAUAAUGAAAAUCGAAAAGAUUUUCUGAGUAGAGAAGUUUUAAAAAUCACUUGGAAACAAAUUAUACGCGCUUUUUUUUUUUUUUUGUACUGUUCUUGAAAAGUUUCAUAGGAAAUUAUUCAUUUUUAUCAAGUUUCUAGAUGUCUUAAUCAUUUUAGCAUGCUCUGUAAUGUUGUGAAAGGAUUUAUAUCUGUAACUUCACUAUAUAUCCGAAAAAAAGAUAAAUUUUUUCAUCACUAUCAUGAAAUGUUUCAAGCUUCAUUCCCGAAAGAGAUUAUUUUUAAUUUUAAAAAAACAGUCGCUUUGAAGCUCAAUAUUAUGAUGGAAAUUUCAUUCGAGAACAUAUUUCUCGAUUUUUUAGCAAGCCCUGAUGAUCACCGCCAAUGUCCCGUCGGCCAAGAAGAUCAUCGUCCACGGGUUGGAUUCCGGUGCCGGAGGGAUCCCAAGCCAAUUCCCUGUCCAUGAGGAUACGCAGUUUCAACAGAUUUUGAGGUUUUAUAGAUCCAAUCAGGCGGAAAAAAAAAACAUUUUCACUUCCAGUGACAGCUUGGAAUUUUUCAAUAUCGAUGAGAACGAAGUGACAAAUUAUUACCUCACCGACACCAAAACUGGAAAUCUCCAUCUGCCAUCGGCUUAUGUUCGGUUUAAACUGAAUAAAUAAUGAGAAGAAAAAUAUUGAUUUUUCAAGGGAUUACUACUUCUUCCAUCGAUCUUUCUAUCCACAACUGACGAUGGUUCGACUUUCGCCCGAGCAAGCUGGACGAAGGAUGCGAGAAACGGCAUUUAAUCAAAGGUUCUUGUUGAGAAAAUAGAACUGACACGUUUAAAUAACAAAAAUAGCUGUUUGGAGGAUUGCUGGAGUGUAUUUUGAAACAGAGACGAAAGAUUUCUCAGUAGAAAACGAAAGAAAACAAGCGAAAAAAUACAAUUUUGUCGUAAAACGUUUUUCUUGAUUUGAAAUGAGUCAAUAAGUGACGUAGAGUGCAGAUAUAUAUUGUCAAAAAAACAAGUAAGGUUCGAAAAAUUCAUAAAACUUUACGGGUACGUAAAUCGACAAAAUUUGCUCGUGGAAAAAAAUGUAUUGUCCGCAAUGACGCAGUGCUCACGGUCGCCUGCGCUACAGUAACCUGGAACUUUGAAUAAAAUCGAGAAUAAUUUUUUUCAGACAGAAAUGCAAAUAAAAUAUCAAGCUUUAUCUCUCUAUUAAUACUAAACUUGGAAUUUCGACUACACUAAAUGGCUUUUUAGCUUUUUUCAGAAAAUUGUCACGACAUGAGAAAAUAGGAAUUUGAUCUUCAAGUUUUACAAUUGUGGUUUUAAAUAUGAAAAAGGAUUUUGUCCGAAAAUCGUCAGAGAUUGAAAAUAUGUAGAAAAUCAAGAAAAUCAUGAAAUUUGAUGCAAAUGCCCUUUAUUGAACAGUGAUUCAAUCACUCAUUUUUUUUUUCAAUAACGAUACAUCAGUAAAUUUCAAUUGAAACGAAUUAUUUCAGGUUCAUCGAGGUUGGAAAAGUACUCCUGACACAUAACAUCCUUAAGUACAGUCCUCAGCACGUGGUAAGACAAUUUCCUGUUUGAAAAUUCCUAAAAACGGUUUCCAGAUAACUCAGCGGGUCUUCUUUCUACACGAUGAGCUGACCCAUCUGCCGUCUUUCCCGAGAAAAAGCCUGGAAACUUGUUUCGGAAUGUACCAUGGCCCGAUGGGCGAUCAACUCAAGGCGAUGGAGGCCAUGCACAAGUUCACCUGGGCCAAGGUAAUGAUUUUGAGAUUUUCAAGGCUUUCUGAGCUUUUAUUAAAGUUGAAAAGAUGGUUUUUUGUCAGAAUUUACCAGUCAUCAACUUUAAAAAAUCGAAAAUAAAUAUCUAACUAAGUUUUCAGUUAGUUUUUGUACUUUCCCUGCCGUAUACUUUAUUUUUUGGGUUUUGAAACUACUGGUCGCAUUUAGAAUGGCUCAACGCUUUGCUAUCUUACUGUUGUCACUUCAAACCUUGUUUUGCUAGUUCAUGACGCGCAAGUCGUUUUAGGUCUGGCGCAAAUUGAUAUUAACCGCUUUGUAGCUGUGACGUUGUUCUUAAGAAGCUAAACUUCUUGGAAAUGCAUCAAUUGUGUUUUUAGAACUUGUAGAUCUUGAAAAAUUGAUCGCUGUAGUACAUUUUUUGACGGUUUGAAAGUAAAUAAAUCCUACUCUUACCAAUGAUUUUUCAGCAGUGAUUUAUGAUAAUUUCUAGCGAUCCUAGUCAAAUUGGCGUUUUCAGUUGAUGUCGGACAUGUUUGAAAAGAUGGAGAACGCCUUCAUGUUCGCCGACCUUCAUUUGUUCAUCAACGUGGUGAGUUCUACGGAAAAGCAGAGAAAAAGAAGGCGAACGGUGUUUUCUAGAUCAACGGGAUCAUGAUCAUGCAUUGUGAAGACGUGCUGAUCUUGAGGCGAUGCGCGGCCACCUACAUUUCCAUCAGCAUCCAUUUCAAUACACUUUUUGCUAGCCAGGUUCAGUUUUGUGGAGGAUAACUUGAAUUUUAGUAUAUUUGUGUGCAUAAAAACCUGAAAAGUUGCUUCUAUCUGAGUUGUAAAAAGUAGCUGAGUUUCUGGAGCUUCUUCGUCAUCAUGUUGAAGACGUUCAGAGCAUUCAGACACAAAUAAGCCUGAAGAUAUGGGCUGAAAGAGAGUCCAAUUUUCUCCUUCAGGGCUUCUUCCUGAUCAUGCCGACGCUGCUCCGCUGCUACAGCCAGCGGCAGACGAACCGCGUCUUCUGCGGCGUCGUCGAGUUCAUGUGCCGCCAGUUCUACACCCUCCACCGGAAGCCGUUCCUCCUGCAGAUGUGCGGCGCCAUCGCCAACAUCAUCGACUACAACAACAACGACUUCGAAGUCAACCCGAUGCGCGUCAAGGCCAAGGUGCCGCCACCUUCAUAGUCUCAUAAAAAGACAGGGAAUGUUCAGUACUGGUUCAACUUGGUGAAACGGAUGGAGGAGAUCAACGACGACGACCCGUUCGACAUCCUCGGCCUGGUUCCCUACGAUAAACCCUUGAAAGUUGGUUUUAAUCGAGAAGGUGUAUUCCAGAAGGGACACAGUUUGAGAGAUUGAUCAAAAUUCGCUGGAAUGUACUUUCAGGUUCCCUCAUUUCAGAACAAGAAAAAAACCAACGUUUCUUGCCUUUCCGCGGAGUUAUGGUACUUUAAAGUUUGCGAAUGGCCACUUAAGAGGUUCCUCAAGGACUCUGAAGUUUCCCCUAAAAAAGCAACUGUUUUGCGUCUUAGUGGCCACUAUAGUCGAAUCCAAAGAGGCCACUUCAUGAUGACUUUCCAAAAUCAGGCCUCUUCUCAUUAUAAUUAGUUGAGCGCCCAGCUCUGAAUCUUACAUGAACAGACAGUUUUCCGACCCCUCCUCUCAUGUUUUCCUAAAUUAAAGGUGAUACUACCUUCAUGAGGUUAAAGCUUGUGUAUUUUGCCUAAAAUUACCUCCCUGAGGUUAAAUUUGAUUUAAUCGUUAAUUUUCCAAGUUUUGGAAGCCAACCUUUCCUCCAGGACUGAAUUAGUUCUAUAAUUGCUCAUCUAUGCUAUGAAUUUCGGCUUCAGAUUCAUGUCAAUUAUUUUAUUUCAGGCCUUGGAUCUCUGCUAUCGGGAUGAUCCCAACACCUUCUGCGUCCUGACUGACUGUAUGGCGAGCUGUAUCUGCGUUUGCGCGUUUGCCCCGGAAAGCAAAAGAAGUCAUCACAUGCUGGUGGGUUCUGGGAUUCUUUUGGAAGCUUUUCGAUGGAGAAGCUUGGCGAAAGACUUUUUGAAGAAAUUUUCCGAUAUUUUUCUGAGAAACGGUUCAGAAUAGGAUCGAUGUGCUGUGUUAAGCUUGAGAACUGUCCAGAAGCUUUUUCAAGAACUAAUAUUGAUUAUAACUGCUCCGAGUAGCAAUCUUUUGGAGCUUUUCAGAAGUUGUAUGAUGUAGCCGUUAUGCCAUUUGGGGAGUGAGCAGUGAGCAGCACCUUUCCAACCUCGAUGAACCUUGAAAUACCCGUUUCAAUCGAAAUUUACUGAUGUAUAGUCUGUUCAGAUUUCAAAUGUCAAGUCCUGAAGCUCCGCCCCCCUAAUAGCGAGCCAUCCACAGAGCGUUUUCGAAUGAAGUCAUUCUACUUGACAUUCAAAAUCUGAAUAUAGACUGAGAUCUACAGGCUGAAAAACUGUUUAGAAGCUUUUUAAAUAACCUAAAUCGAUUCUGAGCUCGAACUGCUCCGAUCACGAAUUUGAAAAAUAGAAGCUCUGAAAGAAGAAAGAAAAUUGACGGGUUUCAGAAAUAUCAGAAUCUUCUGGAGCUUUUAAGAAGUAAUCGAUAGGCUGUCUUAGGCUUGGAAGUUUGCCAGAAGCUUUUUCAAUGACUCUAUUCGAUCCUAAGCUUGACCUGUUCUGAUUUGAAAAUAAAAUUUAAAAUUUGAAGGUCAGGAAAAACAUCUAACGGAAAUUUUGAAGCCUUUCAGGAGAUUCAUAAUGUUACUUACUUACUUACUUAGAUACUUAGAUGGUCCAUCUUCGCUUUCGACCUUUUAUUGCCUUUUAGUGCCUUUUAUUGAUCGAAGCGUGGACCACACGUUUUCCAGGAGGUCUUAUGCAAUCGGUCAUCCAGUUUUGUCGUCCUGGUUGACUGGUAUUCUUGCGAAAAAGUUCCAUCCGUGGUGUUGAACGUGUUAUAGCAUAAUUUUGGUCUGAUUAUCCUUUUUGCCUUGCCAGGGCUAAAAAAGAUCGCCCAUUCUGUUAGCAGAAGCAAGCCGAACUGCGUGACCGGUGUACCGUUAGCCGCCAUAAAUGGCGUUGCCUCCCCAUCACCGCGUAGAGGUGGUACUUGAAGGGGUGUUAGGACUUCAAAAAACUCAGAAGAUUUUUCAAUAACUCUAUUCGAUUCUAAGCUUGACCUGAUCUGAUUUGAAUAGGAAAUUCGGUCUCAUUCCAAAACAGCUCAGCUGUCAGUUCUGUAUACCUGAAAUGGCUGCCCUUCAACUUAUAAGUAUUUGAUUCCUUAUCUCAUUUCUCGUAACCGGAUGAUUCUGAUGAACGGCUUGCAGUUGAUGAUGCAAGCGAUGCUGCCACACCUGAUGCGACGACUGGAAGAAGAGACGCUUCUGUCGGGCAACGCGGUGACGUCCGUGAAGCACGAGAUCGCCCAGUGGAUGACAAUGUCCGUCGAGAUGAAGGCCCUCAUCAACAGCUGCGAGACCCUUGCAAGGUUCGCAAGUUGCUCUAGAAGCUGAUUUCUGAAGAAAAAAUAUGGUUAAGCGGUUGUAAGCAGUAUUUUCGCUACUAGACUGCUUCGCUAUGAAAUAUUAUAAAAUUGAUUGAUAAAAAAAAUUAUUUCACAUUUUUCAUAACCUUAGUUUUCAUUAGAAGAAAGAGAGUCGUCUUCAAACAUUUUGAUUAUUAUUUUCGAUUUUUUUGGUUUUCUGGUUACUGUAUCGCAGGCGACCGUUGACACUGAGUCAUUGCGGACAAUACAUUUUUAUUCUACGAGCAAUUUUUCGUCGAUUUACUUAUUCAUUUCAAAUUCAUGUUUUUUUCAUGUUUUUCAAUGAUUAGAAUGAAAUAAUAAUUGAUAAAAUAUUAUAUUGGAAGCAUUUUUCGCUACUAGACUGCUUCAAUAGGAAAAAUUGUGAAAUUGAUUGAUACGAAAUUUAUUUCACAUUUUUUCAAAACCUUAGUGUUCUUUAGAAGUCGACUUCAAACAAUUUGAUUAUUAUUUUCGAUUUUUUUGGUUUUCUGGUUACUGUAACGCAGGCGACCGUUGACACUGAGUCAUUGCGGACAAUACGUUUUAUUCUACGAGCAAUUUUCGUCGAUUUACGAUUUUUUUUUCAAUUUGAUUUUUGUUCAAGUUUUUCAAUGUUUUUUUAAUAAAACUCUACUUGAUGAAUAUUUAUAUCUAAAAAUCAAACCUAUUCUAAUUGCCUAGUUAAGCUGUAGUACGGAAAUCCUCAAAAAAUGACAAAUUAAAUUUAAAUGGAACUUUUCCUGCAUUAAAAAAGAAAAAAAAAGGCUAGUGAGCUUGCAAAAGUGGAUCUUUUUAAACAGUAACUUCAAAAAAUAUCAAAAAAUAUUUCUUUGAUUUCUCUCGAAUUUUGCAGUUUUGAUUUUCAACGCAAAAUCCUAAAGUUGCUGAACUUUGAAGUCAGUAGAGCCUUUAAAAUUGAAAAAAUCCCUUUUUUUUCUCAAAUUAACGUGUAUAGUUUGUGAUUUCAGAGGCCCACAAAGAGCAUUCGAAUUGGUUAAUUCGGUUUCGGAGCGUGGGAAAUCGUUCGUCGCCGAUUCGCCGCAAUUCUUCGACCCACCCACGACCAACGACGACGAAAAUACGAGGCCCUACCAUUUGUGA